AUGAUUUCCCCCUCUCCACUCCCACUCCUUUCCCUCUUCCUCAUCCUCGCCGCCUUCGCAUCGGCUGCCCCUAUUGAGCCCGAGCCUCUCCACAAGUUGGUUCUCCGAAAGAUCCCCACUGCUCGGGAUGGAGAGCACCCUCUGGAGGUCUUUGAGCGUCACCAGGAAGCUGCCAUCAAGAGGAUGCACUACUUUAAGCGUAUGGCUCCUCCUGACAAGGAAUUCUUCCGCAAGAGGCACAUGGAACGACGUCAGAUGAUUGAAGACAACCCCAAUCUCGACAAGCGCAUGUGGAUCCCCGCCGUCUCCCCUGACGAGGUCAAAGCCAACAACCAGAAGCGAACCUACUGGCCUGACGGAGGUUGGACGCCCGGAAACACCAGUACACCUCUUGGAAAUGCAGCAAAGGAGCUCAGCAAAGGGUCUGCGACACAGGCCGCCGCCGCUGCCGCUGCUACUGCUACCAUCUCGGCUUCCGGGUCGAAUGACCAGGGGUUCAGCCAAGCCGCUGUGGACGCGUUGAACGACAACACCCUCACCAACUCUAGCAGCACCCUCAUUACUGGCGGUCUUGACUAUGUCAUCGAAUCCAACGAUAUUGGUUACUUGGCCGAUAUCACCCUCGGUACACCCGCCAAGACAUUCCUCAUGCUCAUGGACACUGGUAGUGCCGACACCUGGGUCCCUUCAACUGAAUGUGGCCAGGCCAAUUGCGGAGCUCACCAAGCACUUGGAUCUGACUCUUCCACAUUCCAAGCUUCCAACACUGCCUUCCAAGUCACCUACGGUUCUGGUGCUGUCGCAGGUCAACUCGCCGCGGACACCAUAACCAUUGCGGGCAUGACACUAGUCAACCACGCUAUGGGCGUGACGACGCAGGAGAGUGUACAGUUCUCGGGAGCGAAUGUGCCGUUCGAUGGGUUGAUGGGACUUGCUCUCAGUACGUUGCCGAACCAAGGCGUCUCCACCCCGAUCGAGUCUCUCAAGUCCACCGGCGUUCUUCAAAACACUGUACUUGGUAUUGCCCUCGGUCGCCUGAACGACGGUGACAACGACGGUGAACUUGUCUUUGGUCAAGCCGACGAUGCCAAGAUUGAUGCCGCCACCACCCAGACCCUGAAACUCACUUCCACCGACGGUUUCUGGCAGGUUGCCAUGAGCGCCGUGUCUGUUGAUGGUCAGAGCGCUGUCACCGGCAAGCAGGCUAUCUUGGAUACCGGAACAUCGCUCAUGAUUGCUCCCGAGGCCGAUGCUACGGCUGUCCACCAGCAGAUUGACGGUGCUGCCGAUGUUGGUGGCGGGAUGUUCUCCAUUCCUUGUACCACCAACCAGGCGGUCAGCAUGGUUUUCGGCAACGUUGCCUUCAACAUUGACGCCCGAGACAUGAUCUUCCAGCCCCUCACGAACGACCUCACCGGUGACUGCCUCUCUUCCCUCUCCGCGGGUACCAUCAAAGACGACGACACUUGGCUCCUCGGAGACACCUUCUUGAAGAACGUCUACAUGACCACCAACGCCGACGAUGGGACCGUUCAACUCUCCGCCAGGACAGAUACCCCCGGAUCGAGCAGUGCCAACAACGCCGCUGUCUCUGCUGGGACCAGCGGAAACGGGACGACCAACAAUGCGGCUGGCACGUCUGGGAGCAAGAGUGCGCCAAGUAGUGCUACGAGGGCGGCGCAAACUGCUGCUGCUGCGGCCUCCACUGGAUCUUUGUUGGGUGCUCUUGCCGCUCUUAUUGCUGGUAGUGGAAGCACGCUCUGA